CGAGACACACAGCAACAGCCAGCAUCCUCCUCUGUUGUCGAAGGCAUAGUGAGGCGCGGCGCUCGGAGAGGUGAGAGAAGAAGAAGAAGACGCCUUCUGCCCCGCCACAAUAAAAGAACCCGACCAGACGCCGGCAGCCUGACUCUUCUUGCGACGCUUCAUUCGUUCUGCUUCAGCCACAAGCGACAGGAUGAUGCCAACUUCUUCCAGCAAAGUGUUGCUUCAGUGCUUCACCGGGUUGAAGUGCAGCAGGCGGUGACCCCGCCACCGUCUGCUGCCACGACCACCACCGCCACCAUCACAGGGUUCCGCCGACUAUCUGCUGUAAACAUGAUGGUUUCUUCAUCGCUUCCUGGACAGUUUCCCAUCACAUAAAAAGGAACCUUUAAAUCAACCAAUCAUACCUAAUCACAGGAUGGCGGAUGACCUGUACAGCAGCACCUUCUCUGACUCGGACUUCUCCUCCUCCUCAUCCUCUGUAUCCGCCUCCUUCUUCACCCUGGAGCAAAGAGCCGCCUUCAUCUUUGUCCUCAUUCUCUUCAUCUUCCUCGGCCUGCUGAUCGUCCGCUGUUUCCGCAUCCUCCUAGACCCGUACAGGAGCAUGCCGUCCUCCACGUGGACAGACUACAUGGAAAAGGACACCUUCGAGUAUCGGAUUUCCUGACAGGCAGCGUGAGAGGCAGCAUCCCUAACCGACUAGACUAAUCUGAGGUAGCGGCCGCACCGAGCAAGCAAGAACACUUGCGUACAUUCACGUUGGUGUUGCACAGUAAAACAUCCACAAAAAGCACAAAUGAAGAAAGGACAGUUCUUUAGUUUUCAGCCUCUUUGACAAGCCACCAAAGAUCGUUUCAUCGCUAAUUACAUUCAACUGGUCAGGCAAUCAAUUCUGUUGACCUACUUGACAGCAAAUGGCCAAACCUAAACAGAAGGAUGCUCUCAAAUCCAGAAAUAUUCAGGCUACUGAAAUUUAUUUUUCCAGCCACAUAACCAAAAUGUUCUUGUAGUGGUGGUGGAGAGGUCAGCGGGACUCAUCGAUUGUAGCAAAGUGUUACACAACAGCACAAGAAGGAUCAACAAAAACCUACAUACUUUCACAUCUUAUGCUGCUGAAACAAAGCAAGGAGGUGUCACUACAAAAACAAUAA